AUGGUAGAGCUUGACGAGUCGACUCUCAUCCAGCUGUCCCUCUCGAGUGAAGUGGCGCGGAAAGUCCUCCACUACCUGAAACAGAAUUUGCAGGCGUCUUGUCUGGGUGACCUGCUCUGCUCCCACACUUUCACCAAGCACUACCUGAACUGUGGAGGUGCUGGCCUCGAGGACGAGGAAAUGCUGAUGGAUAGCUCGCUCGGAGGCCAAGGAGCUUCAUCAUCUUCAUCGUUGUCCUCAGCUACGGCAUCGUCCUCUUCCUCAGCCUCUUCCUCCACCAUGGGCUCUGUGUCCAAGAAAGCUAAGAAAGAGAUCCCAGCAGACACGGGCAGCGAGACCGAGAGUGAACUUCCCACUGAAGAUGACACAAAGUAUCCUGAUGACCUGGAGGAGAAGAUGAAAGUGUUCAACAGUCCGAAGGUGCAGGGUAAGAAGAGCUCCAUAGAGAAGAUGGGGGAGGUGGUGGACAUCAUGAAGAAGAGCAGCUCAGACUCAGGACUGCAGCUGGCUGGUAUGAAGGUCAUCAGUAAGAUUCAGGAGGAGGAGGGACCUCAGGAGAGAAGCACCCUCAGAUCAGAUUCAGCACAAACCAUUCGUGACAAAGUCUUAAAGAUGUUGGUGGAGAUGAUUGGCAGUCAGCCCAAGCAGAACGCCGUCACUGCGGUGCUGCUGACCCGCAGUCUAAUGCUGAAAUACGAGUGGAGGGUCUCAUUCGCCACAGAGGGGGGUGUUAAAGCCAUCCUGAGCUGCAUGCAGGAGUAUCCUACCUGUAUACAGGUGCAGCAGAUUGCGCUGGCGACUCUGAAGGUUAUCACAGGUGCCAGUAAACAUGACCCUCGCAGUGUAGGUGGCUGUCUGCCCCUUUCUGAGUCUGGCACUCAGAUGAUGCUAGAGAUUUUUGCGAGCAUAGGCUCUGCUACACCUGAAGGCUCCAAAGGGCUCCUGUGUACCAUCCCUUCUGCUAUUGACCUCAUGUUCAGCACGGCAGGUUGCGGUUUGUCCGUGCGGAACGGGCUGCUGAUCAUCAUCAUGCUGAUUUCCAGCCACAAGAGCCUGGCAGAGCAGCUAGUCGCCUGCAAUGUCAGUACCACGCUAAAGAAGUGCCUUUCUGCUCAGAAUCAACACAGCAUGCUGGCUAUUAUCGCCCUCAACCACAUCUCCAUGGUUCACAAACUGGAGAAAAAAGAGUCUCAAGAUGAGCAUGACUUUAAGGACACAGAGCUGAAGAUGUUGGUGGUGAGUCUGAAGGAAAUGCCAGCCACUAAAGAUGUUAUACUGACCCUGGAGCAGCUGCUCUGUGACGACGCCUCCCAGCUGGAGGAAGAGAGAAGCGAGGUAACACGCAGCAGAGACACCUUCCAGGACCUCAUCCGCCUCAUGGACCAGCACAGAGCGGAUCGGGCUGCACAGCUGUCCAUCCUGAGGAUUUUGAACAAGUUUUUGGAUAACUACCAGGAGGAUCUGUUGCCGUGGCAUGAGAGUAUUGAGCCUUGCCUGUCAUCUAUGACGGCCUUUGUCAGUGACAGAGAGGUCGUACAGCAGUUUAUCCGCUUCUUAUAUCGACUUGCAUCUCUGAAUAAAGACUAUGCUGUUGUGAUGUGUCGGCUGGGCUCCAAAGAGGCUCUUAUCAAAGCCGUGGACAAACACAGCACCAGCUUGCUCAUGGUCACAGAGCUGCGGGACCUGAUCAAUGACUGUGAGAAGUACGCCAGCCUCUACAAGAAAAUGACCACCAGUGUGCUGGCUGGAUGUAUACAGAUGGUCCUUGGUCAGAUUGAAGAGCAUCGUCGCAGCCAUCAACCCAUCAAUAUUCCUUUCUUUGAUGUGUUCCUGCGGAACUUGUGCCAAGGCUCCAGUGUGGAACUGAAAGAGGACAAGUGCUGGGAGAAGGUGGAGGUCUCCUCCAAUCACCAUCGAGCUAACAAGCUGACAGACAAAAACCCCAAAACCUACUGGGAAUCCAACGGCUGUACCGGCUCCCAUUUUAUCAACAUUUACAUGCAUAAAGGGGUGAUCAUCAGGCAGUUGACUGUGCUUGUAGCCAGUGAGGACUCAAGUUACAUGCCAGCUCGCAUUGUAGUCCUAGGAGGAGAUGAUCCCACAAACAUCAAUACUGAACUCAACACUGUAAAUGUGGCACCCUCUGCCAGUCAUGUGUUUUUGCUGGAGAAUAUGACCCGCUUCUGGCCCAUCAUUCAGAUCAGAGUCAAAAGAUGUCAACAGGGUGGCAUUGACACACGAGUGCAUGGGUUCGAGGUUCUGGGGCCGAAGCCCACGUUCUGGCCGGUGUUUAAGGAGCAGCUGUGCUGCCGCACUUAUCUCUUCUAUACGACAAAAGCUCACACCUGGUGCCAGGAGAUCCUGGAGGACAAGAACCAGCUGCUGCAGCUCUUUAACAGGUUAAACAGUGCCCUGAAACAUGAGCAGAUGUUUGCUGACCGUUUUCUGCCUGAUGCCGAGGCCGCAGAGGCUUUAGGCCGGACCUGCUGGGAAGCUCUCAUCACCCCCAUCGUACAGAGCAUCACUAUCUCAGAGACUUCUACUCUCAGCCCUCUGUCCUGGUUGAUGAGCGAAUAUUUGGAGAACACUGAAUCCUCCAAGAGAUGUAAGAGCUCAGCAUCCAUCUUCAACUCCCGUGUGCGGCGUCUCACUCAUUUGCUUGUCCAUGUGGACACCAGCACAGUUGAUACAGAGGAGCUCAAACCUCCCAUCAAAUCCAAAGGUAUCAACAGAAGCAGAGAUUUGAAGAAUGGUAAAGAGGGAAAGAAUAAGGAAACGACAGCAGUGAGCUCAUCUUCAUCCUCUGGCAAACCAAAAGUGAAGAAUACUAGCAGCAUUGCAGGCAUCGCUUUGUGCUGGCAAGGUGUCGUUCAGCGACAGGUGAAGAGUUUCCUAGAUUCGACAUGCAGCCUCCCUGACUUCGUAGAGCUUUACAGGGGUCUGUUCCUCCGGCUAAAGAAUGCCAUGGAGGAACUUUUUGGCCAGCACACUGCCUUUGUGCUUGCGCUCCGUCAGGGCUUUUCUGCCGCCUUGCUCCAGCUCUCCAUCCUGACCGCUAUGCAUGUGAGUGAACGUUUUGCGCAGUACAUAGACAAGAUGAUCCAGGAAAGUGGAGUGGACUCUGGAAAUGUGGACACGUUAAACCAGCUCCAGCAGUUCCUGGAGCCCAUGCUGUUUCUCUCCGGUCUGGAGCUGGCCAACACCUUUGAGCACUUUUACAGGUACUAUCUGGGGGAUCGGCUGUUGGGUCAGGGGAAGGUGUGGUUAGAGAGCGCUGUGGUGGAGCAGAUCGGUACCUGCUUCCCAAACCGGUUUCCCCAGCAGAUGCUGACCAACCUCAGUGAAUCUGAGGAGCUUCAACAGGAGUUUCAUCUUUACCGUCUACAGCAGCUGGACAAAAAUCUGGAGAACUUUGAGGAGAUAAUGGAUGAGGACGUGUCUGAACCCGAGGGAGAGAGUGACGUGAAAGUGUUGGUGUUGUCCCCACGCUGCUGGGUUGUGUCGGCUCCCUGCUACCUCGAGGACCCCAGCAAACACUUCCCUACUCAACUCUGCAAUUACCUGGCCAAAUUCGCAGACUUUUAUGCCAACGGGGUCCUGAGACUGAACAAGAAGACCCUCUCGCAGAGCUCAGACAGACACGGUUACCAUUUCCUGCUUCCCAAGCAGACCUACCUGAAUGUGGAUGAAGAUGCUGCGCUCACACUAGAGAGGAAGAGGAACUACAUCUACUGUCUCGUUGUGCAGAUCAUGAAGAAUGAGAAGGAGAUGCAUAUUGACAAUUUAGUGUUCAUGGUGUUGGACCGGUGUCAGAAGCAGGAGUCGAGUCGGACUCGCACCUCGGUCCGCUUCAGCUGCAGCACUACAGACGUGCUGUCCUGCAUCAUGCACGUCAUCAACAAAGGCUACCUCCGCCGCAACGAGGAAAGCCCACACAUCGUGGAGUUCUUGAUGGAGGACCCGUCCACACCCCGAAAGGGCCAGGCGCAGUUCUCCUUUAAGAUGGACGUGAAAAAAAGCUCCGCAAGCAGCAGCGGCGGCAACAAAGCUGACACCAGCCUGGGAGGCCUAAUAGUUCCCCUGCAGCAUCCGGAGGACGGUGUGCUGGAGGCCGUGCUGUUCUCCAUGGGUCGCACAAUGACUCAGGAGGAGGUCAAGCAGCUGAUGCAGCGCACCGUCCAGCAGGUGGCGGGAACCCUGAGCCUGGAUCUGGACCGGGCCGAGCACCUGCUCAUGCACUGCAAAUGGAACGUGGACUUGUUGAUCCAGCGGUACACAGACGACCCAGACGCCUUGGUCCUGGCUGCCGGCCUCAAGAUCCGCAACCCCCAGCCGGCCCCAGGCCCCGUGGUCCAGUGUCCCGUGUGCCUUUCCCAGUCCAAAGAGAGUGACCCCCCUCCCAUGCUCUGCUGCAUGCACUACUGCUGCAGAUCCUGCUGGCAGGAGUACCUCACUGCUCGCAUCGAACAGAAUCUGGUGAUGAACUGCGACUGUCCGAUCACAGACUGUCGGGCUCAGCCCACCUCCAAGUUCUUUCACAACAUCCUCACCGAUAAGGACACCAUUGCCAAAUAUGACAGCGCCCUUCUCCGAGGCUUCGUGGAGUGCUGCUCCAACCUGACCUGGUGUACCAACCCUCAGGGCUGCGACCAGAUCCUGUGCAAGGAGAACAUCGGUAGCGUGGGCACCUGCUCCAAGUGCUGCUGGUCUUCCUGUUUCAGCUGUAACUUCCCAGAGGCGCACUACCCAGCCAGCUGCAGUCACAUGUCUCAGUGGAUGGAUGAUGGAGGCUACUAUGAGGGAAUGAGUAUGGAAGCACAGAGUAAACAUCUGGCCAAACUUAUAUCCAAACGAUGCCCCAGCUGCCAGGCCCAGAUUGAGAAGAACGAGGGUUGCCUACACAUGACGUGUGCCAAAUGUAAUCAUGGAUUUUGCUGGAGAUGUCUGAAGCCAUGGAAGCCAACACAUAAAGAUUAUUACAACUGCUCAGCCAUGGUCAGUAAAGCUGCAAGGCAAGAGAAGAAGUUCCAAGACUACAAUGAGAGAUGCACAUUUCAUAAUCAAGCCAAGGACUUUGCAAUCAAUCUGGAGCAUAAGGUGUUUUCUAUUAAUGAAGCUUUACAGAUGAAGUCUUUGACAUUUGUGAUCGACGCCUGCAAGAUUCUUGCCCAAGCUCGAAAGGUGCUGGCAUACUCGUGUGUUUACAGCUAUUACAAUCAGGACACUGAGAAGAUGGAUGUGAUGGAGCAACAGACAGAAGCUCUGGACCUUCAUACUAACGCCCUGCAGAUCCUGCUUGAGGAGACGCUGCUGCAGUGCACUGAUCUUGCAUCCUGUGUCCGACUCCUAAAACCUGAACACCUAAACACUGGCCUGGAGCUCAUUCGCCGAAUUCAGGAGCGUCUUGUGGCCAUCCUCCAGCACUCCACUCAGGACUUCCGUGUAGGAUAUCAGUCCAAGACUGGGCCAGACCAGGAGACCGCACAGGCCUCUAAUCUGGCUAACCACACAGACACCAACAAAGAGUCCAAAUCUGAUGGAGACUCUGACAACAACAACUGCGCCGGCGAGGACCCCGGCGAUGAAGCAGAGGAGGACGACGAGUAUGACGAUGAAUACGUUCCAGAAUGGCACGAGGAUUACGAUGAGGAAGAUAUAGAUGAUGACGACUUCUUUUCUGAUGAUGACGAAUCUGAAAACUUAGAGAGGGACUUCAGCCCUUUGGACUAAAUGACCCUGAGAGCGAUACACAAUGCUUACACGAUGCCUACCGAUGUAAAAGUAGACACUACAAAUUCCACACCCAUAUAAGAACAAAAAAAAGUUAUGGGAAUCCAGAGUUUGGAGUAGGUUUUUCUAUAACGUGGUUUUUGCUUCGCACUUAGCACCUACUUUGAGCCCUAGCGUAAAUUCGUCGUUACACCAAAAGUGGUAUUUCACGUUUAUUUAGGUUUAUGCUACAGUUUCAUUAACUUAACGAAAUUGUAACUUCGUUCAUGGCUGAUGAGGAUACUUUAAGUUCAAUGAAGGAUCUUAAUUAUUGAUGUCAUAUUGUAGAGGUAUUAUGUUUUUGAAACUGUUCAUAGUUUUGUUAUUGACAAACUAGAAUUUUUUUGGGUCAAAAAUUGAAAAAAAGGGAUGAAAGCCGUUUUUUGUUUUUUUUUAUCUGGUCAAAGGUGUCGGCAUUGUGUAUUUAGUACCAAAAGCAAUUGCCUUUAUUCCAUUUUAAAUUCCUUUAAAUGCCUUCAUAUAUGACGUUAAGUUGGUUGAUCACCAUUUGAAUGAUUGCAAGCAUUUGGAAAUAUUUGCAAAGAUUUUGAAGAGAAAAACAUCAGCAUCCGUGUUUAAGGGCUGCAUGAAAAAUGACUAGACUGUCAGACAACAGUCCAUGAGGAGGAUGGUGCUUCAGUGACCUGCUGGUUGCGUCAGGCAAACUCCAACAUUUUACUUUAGCCUGUCUCAUUAAGAUGUAAUGGCAAUAAAUAUUUAAAAGUAUUGUAGCUCGUCGCUUUAUUUGCUAAGCAAAACAUAGCUUAAUCGCUUUUUCUUCCUCCAAAAAAAAACCGUUUUAAUUCUUUUUUGGACAUGUUUAUGUUCACUUGUAUAGAGAUGGAGAUAUAAAAUAUCUUCCAAAGUCCAGUUUUGAAUUGAGAUACCUAUAUAUUCAUAUACUGUCCAUCUCCUGAAAUGUUCUCUCUGUUCAACUUAAAAACAAAGUUGCUCAACUUCAGCUCACAAAAUAAAUGCUUUUCUUCAAAUUGA